CCGCUUCUCUUCUCCUUCCUCUUCUCUGGUUUCCCUAAAACCUACUCUCACCUCUGGUAUUUCAUUUCCGAUAUCACCUUCCCCUCUCUGAUUUCUCUUCUCUUCCCCUCUCCGGUUCUCCGGUUCUCUGGGCAGGAAAUCAAUACUAACAGCACACACCGCACUCCCCACCACCGCGUCGCCGUUGCUGCUCCCCAUCGCCGCGUCGCCGUUGCUUCUCCCCACCAGCGUCGCCGUUACUUCUCUCCACCGCCGCGUCGCCGCUGCUUUUCCCGCACUGCAGAAUACGUCCUCUUUCUUCCGCCGCCGCAACACAAAGGCGUCGCUCCUCCUUAUCUCAUAUAGUUGAUGUGUGGACCUUUGUGGCUUUGUAUCUUCAGCUACUUGCUUUGUUGCCUUGUAUACCCGUAGAAACUUUCUUAAAUGGUCAAAAUCAAGAAGCAUCAUUUUUCUUGAGAGGUUUAUUUAUUGUUUCUUCAGCAAUCUUGAGGCUAAGUGUACUGAUUGAUUGUUCUCCCUUGGCAUCAAAUUUAAUUCAAAAAUUUCUUGGCUGCUAUGAAGUAUUGUUGACGAAAUUUUCUGAAAUGCGACUUUCCGAGUUCAUCUUCUUUUGUUUGGUUGGAUGGUUCUGUUAAAUUUCUGGAGGCAAUGGGGAGUUUAUUUGCAUCAACUAGUUCUGUCGCAGCUAGAAAUACCUACACCAAACUGGUAGAGUUGCACAUGAAAGCUAUAGGAAAAUGUAUUUCUUUACAAGGAAAAGGAUCUAGGAUGGCUUCUCAUAUUGGAUCAAGUGCCAAGAUAUGUACUGAAGGACGAGAUUAUGAAACAACUGGCCGUGACCCUUUCUAUUGCUUAGACUAUCUCAAGACAAGGUUAAGGAUAUCUUUCAAAUCUCUCAUUGAGAAAUCAUCAGAACCACUACUAUCACCUGUUUUGCAAGCACUUGAAAGAGCACUAGUCGGUCUACGAGAAGGCUUUCCAAUGAUCUAUGAGGUUACGAAAGAAGGUACUGCUGGAGGUACAGAUUCUGCGAUUGUUGCCGGCGCUGUUGAUUGCUUGGACUUGCUUCUUGAAUUCUAUAAAGAAGAAGGAGAGAUUGGGCAGAUAUGGUGUCAAAAUCGUGCGUCGUCCGACUCGAAUGGCUGACAAACCUCCUCCUAUUUACAAAGAGGUAUUCAAUAAUCCGAGGGAGCGGCCUUUCACCCUUGAGGAGAUAGAUGAACUUCGAGAAAUGUUGGCAAACUCCAUUACUAGUGAAUGUCUUUGAUAUUUUCUUGUACUGAAUCUUAAAUUAUGGAUGCUAAUUUUUCAUAUAAUUGUAAUGUAACGACUUUUAUAUUUACAAUUAUAUACUAUUUAAUUUAAUUAUCUAUAUAAUUGGAUAGUUUUUA